UGCCAUAAUCCCUUUUUAAUAACACAUCAAUUCAAUAGAGAACAGAACAUAAAGACUCCCGAGCCCCCAGGCCGCCGGCGUCGGCCCUGCCUCCGGAACUGCGAUUCGGAUUUCGGUAACUUUAACUCCUUAUCAUCCCCGAUACCGCCGGCGAGAACAGAAUCAGAAUCAGAAAGAGGAUGGGAGACGAUACCACCGGCGAGAAACAGAAUCAGGCGCGUCUCAUCAUCCCCGAUUUCCUCUCCCUUCAAGAGUGCAAGGAAUUGGAAUUCAUUCAUCGGAGCUGCUCCACCGUCGGUUACCGUCCCAACGUCUUCUCCACCACUCUUUCUCACCUCAUCGCCACCAAUUCUCCGCACCUCAUCAUCCCUUUCCUCUCCAUCCGUGACCGCCUGAAAGAAAAGGUCGAGGAGUUCUUCGGCUGCGAGUACGAGCUCUCCGUCGAGUUCACCGGUUUAAUUAGCUGGACUCGAGGCGCAAGCAUCGGCUGGCACACUGAUGACAACAGGCCUUACCUCAAACAGCGUCACUUCACUGCAGUCUGCUAUUUGAACACUUAUGGCCAGGAUUUCAAAGGUGGUCUUUUCCACUUCCGGGAUGGUCACCCGAAUACUCUCGUCCCAGCCGCCGGGGCUGUUUCGAUCUAUACAGCUGAUGAUCGUAACGUUCAUUCGGUGGAUGAGAUAAUUGAAGGAGAAAGACUGACACUUACAAUGUGGUUCAGCCGCGACAGUGCACAUGAUGAAGAUGCCAAACUUAUAUCCCUUCUGUCUUCAAACAUGCCUUGCUCUUCAAGCAAAUCUGAAGAGUUGCUGCUGCCAAGGCCAGCUUCCAGCAAUAUGUACUGGUUUUGUCGGGGUCAAGAGCAGAAUGAAGAAUCAGGGUUUAAUAUAUGUUGUGCAAGGAUUUACGGUGCAGGGUUUGAUAUAUACUCUACCGAAGAACAGUUAUCCUGUUCUGAUUUCUCUGAACUGCUCGAACGACCAUUGCAACUAGCAAGGAGUAAGGUGCUGUUUGAGCAAGAAUUCACCAACAUUUUGCAUGCGCUACAGGUGGUACAAUUUUUGUGGUGGAAGGCCCCUGCGCAAGUGAAUUCUCUGAGAGUUGCAAAAAGGAGGGAGGUAUGGUUACUGUCUGAGUUGCAGCAAGGAAAGAUUGCCUCUCUGAAAUUCAUGUUUGUGAAGGAUAAUGAACUGGCAAAUAAGAUGUUUCGUGAUGAUAGAUGCUAUCUGUACGAAUUCGACUGGACCGAGUUCACUGUUGCUGUCGAUGAACUGGAACACUAUUCUCGUAGACUGCAGAAAGAGUUGGUAAUGAGCUUGCCUCAUUGGCGAACACAACAAAUCAUAUACAAAGUUCCCUUGUAAUGGUCUCGACUUUUGCCACUCUGCAGAACAUGGUACUUCUUUUUCAUACCCCGCUUUUUAUGUCCAUCUCUUAUCAAGCUAGACUGUCAUUUAUUUUUAUUCAUGUGAUGUGUUUAGAUUAGUCUCUUAAUCGAUUAAGAUUAGAACAAGUUACCCUUUCUAAGUGAUAACUAAAAGUCCAUGGAAUUAACUGUAUCAUAGAUGUCAUUCCUAAUUACAGUGAUAAAGUUACAAUGGAAGGCCAGGAUCACGUAGUGAGGGAUACUCGACUGAUAAUAUCGCUGAAUUAGUAACAGUAGUAGUGUGGUUUUGAUGCUACUACAUCCGAGAGACUGACAUUUCUGAUGUGCUCCAUUGAUGCAGGACUUCACCGUCGAUGCCAUAAUAAACAACACGAACUUCAUCCGACGAGAUCUGAAGCGUCAUGAACCCCUGACCAUCAUAGUAGAACUUCAUCUCCUUGGGAUCCCAUGAGCUAACGUCACCUUUCCACGCUUUCGACCCUGCCCCACUGGUGAGAAACUGAAGCUUGGUCCGGCUGCUGCUGAUAUGCUCCAGGCAGUGGUCAUGCCCAUUCACGUACAGAUCCACAUCGUGUGCCUCCAAGAUGGGCAGCAGCUGAGCCUCCAGCUCGACCGUGUUGCCAUGGUGGCCCGCGCUCUUGAUCGUGUGAUGCCCCACCACGAUCUUCCACCUUGCCUUCGACGACCUGAGAGCAGAGUCCAGGUCAGCCAGGAGGUUGGACAGGUAGGUAGCUCGGUCAGGGAGUAGGCCGCUCCAGUCGUAGACGUGGUCCUCCGGGUCGGUGAAGUACUUGUCGGAGAAGGGCGUGGUGUCGACGAAGAAGAACUCGGCCAGCUUGGUGUCGAGAAUGAAGGAUCUAAUGCAGAGCCAUCUGGGGUCCUUCUCUUGUAGGGUUGUGCUCAGUUGUGCUUCUACGUUGCCUCUGUAGUCGUGGUUCCCCAAAACUGGAAUCAUGCAUGCGGUUACUAGGUUAAAAAAAAGAAAAGGAUUCACCUAGUCGAACUUUUUUACUGCUAUUAUGGGGGAUGAAACAAGCCAGGGAGGAGGGGUAAAUUAGUUACCGUUGUACCACUGCUUCUGCAGGCUGGGUGCUGUGUAGAUGUCUGCAAAUGAAUGGUAAAAAUUGGGGUCGUGAACUCCUGUUAAUCCGUCGUCGUAGAAGUUAUCCCCGGUUGAUAUCACGAAGUCGAUUUUUACUGCCUCUGCAGUUACCCCCAUCUGUGUGGCAACUUGAGUUUGGUUGUAGGCUCCUUUCCUGCCCCAGUCGCCGACCACCAACACGGCCAGGGAUCCGUCGCCGUUGCCGGCCUUGAAGUACUUCGAACCGCUGUGCUCCAGCCGCGGCAGCUCCGCCACCGCCGCCGCUGCCAUGAACCAUACAACGGACAACACGACGGCCACCCUCAUCUUGUUGAUGGUCGAGAGGCCACCACGAGAAGAAGCUACUCGUUGUUGUGGAUGGUGGUGGGACAUGGUGACCACACACAGAAGGAGAGAAAAAAAAGGAAGGAUAGGAAAUCAACUGAUUUAGGUGACAACGGCGCCUAACCUCUUCUAUUAUAUAUAUUUACACACUGCACGCGGAACACACCAAAGUGGGUAGGGAGGAAAGUGACAUUUUUUCCGAUUCACGUCAAAACCAAUUAAACAAAAUGGUGUCCGGUGAUUUCUGUUGAUCGAUGUGACUUGAAUCGGACUAUCUUGUUAACGACUGGAUGUUAUGGGGUCUCUGUAAUCUGUAUAUCUUUGAAGUAGUAUAGUGAAA